GGCACACCUUACAAGUAGUCUACUCAUGUUGAUUCAGUGCAUUUUGAAGGAAAACCAAUGAAAUCAUUCUGAUUUGCGUGGGCACUGGGCACAAGUAUUUUCCGUCGCUACACAAGGCUACCAACACCUCUUUUUACAUAGUCUCUAUGUAUGCCAGUGAGUUACCAUUAAGAGAUGAACUGUUUGGAUAAGAGGUGGUUGGUUGGUUGUGUUGUUAUGUCACUGGAUAUGAAUUGAAAAUGGUCCAACAAGGUUGUGUCUUAUAAAAUGCCGAAAAUACGAAUUGAACUGAAAGCACACGAAGGAUAACGAGCCUGUGAUGAACAGAGCGAUGAACACCUUAUCAAGUUUCACUCAGUUCGUAGUACAACACUUUUCGACGGCCCCUUAUUACAAAACAUUGGCGCGGGAACUACCCUUCAGUGUUUUCAGCCAGCCUACCAUUACGGUUUAUGGUGCUACAACUAGGCCUACAGCUUACAUUGUAACGUUUUUGGAGGAGCAAAAGGUAUAACGAGCUGCUAACGUUACAAUAUGAUGCGGAAGAAGAAGCGUCCCUCUGUGGACCAGACUGACAGCUCGGCGGCUCUCGACGGGUCAAAGCCGAAGAAGGGUCGAACUGGUGGGCAAAGACACUCCAAGUCUGUACAGGUGGUUCCUGAUGAAUCUGUAUUUGUGCAGCUCUUACGGGAGGCCGGUGUCACCCUCAAACAAGAUAGAGCAUCUAAUGAAAUAGCUGUCGACCAAGUAGUGUUCCAAAAGCGAUUACAGCAAAGCCUGAAAAAGCACCCCAGAUACCCUGGAAUUAUUCAAGAGUUUAUCACUGGUCUGGAAUCACACAUUGAAGAUCCGCAACAUUUUAGGAAUGGCCUCCUCCCCUGUGUUCCACGUCUUAAUGACGAGGAUUCCAAUUCAGUAUCGUAUCAGGAGAGUCUAAUGCGGCUACUGCUUGGCAUUGAGAUGCUACAGACCCCAGUCAUAAAUAUAUUGUUUGAGAAGUUGCCUGAGUUUAUGUUUGAUGGUGUUGGUGAAGAUGGGCUGAAUGUGCCCCGCAUCAUCAUGAAUCAGCUCAAAUGGCUAGACAGAGUCAUGGAUAGCACUGAUUUGGCAAGUAAGCUCAUGCAGCUUGUCUCUGUGGCCUCCCUGGAAGUGCAGCGAGAUGUCAUCACUAGUAUUCCAGAAGUUCUGGAGGACUCUCAGCAUGGUGACAUUGCCAGGGAGCUCAACUCUCUGCUGAAGGAGAACACUCAGCUGACAGUCCCUAUCCUAGAUGCCCUGUCCAGUCUGAACUUAAGCCCUACCCUCCUGGCUGAGGUACGAGGGGCUGUGAUGACAACUCUCUCUGCUGUGCAGCUGGAGGACCUUCCGGUGGUGGUGAAGUUCAUCCUACACUCCAUCUCUGCCCCUGAUGCCAUUGAGGUUGUGACAGAACUACGUAAGAAGUUGGAACUAGAGCUAUGUCUGCUGCCCCCAGUGCUGCAGUCCUCCCAAAGCCGGCCCAGGAUCAAGGGUGCAGCAAGUGCCUCCAACCUCCCAGCAGUCAGCAGCAGCCAGGAUAGUGUGUCCCUCGUGCUGGAUGCCAUCAAGUCAGCCGUGAGAUUCCAGAAAAUGAUAUCUGAGGCUUGGCUCAAAGCAGUGGAAAAUGUGGAGGAGAUUGAAGAUCACAAGGUCAUUGAUCUCUUGGUGCUGUUUAUCUUACACUCCACCAAUGCCAACCACAGUCGCCGUGGGGCCGAGCGAGUACUAAAGGUCAAAGUUCGAGGAGCCCUGAUCCAGGAAGCACUACUCCAGAAGACCUUCAGAGGUCACGGGCAGGUCAUGCGGGGAUACUUCCCCUCUAUCUUGGCUCUGGCCCAGAGUCUGGUGCGCUCCACCGAUUCCUGUGUGGUGCCGUUUGGUGGCCAUCUGUACAAGCAGGCGUUCACCACCUUCGACUCCUACUGCCAGCAGGAGGUUGUGGCCUCGCUAGUGACCCACGUGUGUAGUGGUCUGGCUGCGGAGGUGGACGUGGCGCUGGAGCUCCUGUGUGAGCUGGUGGCUCAGAGGCCCAAGGAGAUGGCGCUCUACGCCGUCUUCAUUAAGGGGAUCCUGGACUACAUGGACAAUCUGAGUCCCCAGCAGAUCCGCCGUCUCUUCCAACUGCUGAGCGGAGUGGCGUUCGGAGCGGAGCAGCAGGGCGCUCACAUCCAGGAUGACAUGCACAUAGUGAUCCGGAAGCAACUCUCCAGCACCGUGCUGAAGUACAAGCGCAUUGGCAUCAUUGGCGCCGUCAUGGUAGUGGGCAGCAUGGGAGCCCGCAGGAACAACCCUGAGAACACCCAGGGUGGCACUCUGCCUAAAGAGACACAGAGACAGGUGAUAAACCUGCUGGAGCUGGUGCGCUCUUGCAGCGAGGGCUCUCCUGAGGCAGCUGCUCUCUACUAUGAUGAACUGGCCAAGCUGGUGCUGACCGGCAAACUAGACCCUCUUAUUCAGGCCUGGAUCGGGAAGAGCGUGCUGGAGGACUUCCAGGAAGACUUUGUGGUGGACCUCGGCCCAGACAUCUCAGGCGCCUUCCCCCUGCCGGCCUCGGUCAUGUACAACCUGGACGAGGACGAGAGCCAGGGAGGCAUCGCCGUCAAUCUGCUGCCCCUUGUGGCUCAGGACCUCAGCCACAGGGCAGACAAGAGGAGCCAAGUGAAUGACGGCGGCAAACGGCAGGUGUCUCCUUUGUGUUUGGCAUCUUUCUUCCGUCUGCUGAGGCUGUGUGAGGAGGUGCAGCAUCAAGGGGACUUGGAAGAGAUCGAUGCCCUUCUGGGCUGCCCUCUGAUCCUGACAGACAUGGACGUGGUGGACAAACUGGAGAGCCUCUCCAAGACCGAGCGAGACUUUGUGUGCUCUCUGCUCUUCUACACCAUCAACUGGUUCAGAGAAGUGGUGAACGCAUUCUGCCAGCUGAAGGACCCUGAGAUGAAGAUGAAGGUGGUGACUCGGCUGCAGAACAUCACCUAUCUGCAGAGCCUGCUGGAGAAGAGCCUGGCAGUGACGCCUGGCUUCAUGCCUCCACUGGCCAACUUUGACUGUGACGGCACAGAGCUCACGGCUCCAGCUCCUUCCUCAGCGCCAGCUAAGAAGGCAAAAAAAGAUUCUGCUGGGAAGAAGAGGAAGGCUCGUGCCAGCAAGAACUCCUCAGCUGACAGCUCUCAGCUGGAGGAGGCCAUCGAGGCAGAGGAAACGCAGCAGGAGCCUGCAGAGAAGGAGAAGGAGAGAGCAGGCAUCAGUCUGUCCGCCUACCGCCCGUUCUUCAGAGAGCUGGACAUAGAGGUGCUGGGCGUGCUGGAGUGCGGCUUGCUCUCACGCACCCUGCUGGACACCGAGCUCCACAGCAGGGUGCGCGAGGAGGUGCAGCUGGGACCUGCAGAGCUGGUCUUCCUGCUGGAGGAUCUGUGGCGCAAGCUGGACUUUAGCCUGGCCCCCGCUAAGAAGGCUCCAUUUCUCAAGGCCAAGGCUGACCGGACGGUGGGCUUCUCCCACCUGCAGCAGAGGAGCGUGCGGGAAGUGGCCAACCACUGCUUGCAGCUGCUGCCCACACUGUCCACACAUCUAGAGAACUGCCACAACCACUUCCAGACUGUGCUAUCAGAGAACCAGGGCGUGGUGGAUGCUCUGGGGGUGGACCUGAGGGAGCACCAGCUCAUGUCCUCGGCCUAUCAGCUGCUGCUGCAGGUGCUGCUGUGUAUGUUCAGCUGGUCAGGCUUUGGGCAGCAGGAGCACCGGGCCUUGCUGAAGAGCAUGCUGGGAGUUCUGGCGUCCAGGCUGAAGGAGGGGGAGGCAGAGUUGAGCAUGGAACAGCUCGUCAGACACAGCUGUGAGUACCUGCUGAACUUCCGUGGCAGUGUCCCGAGCCUGAGCACGGCGCUGUGCUUGACCCAGCUGCUGACGGUGCUGGCCCGCUGUGCAGGAGGAGCCUGCCAGUCGGCCUUCAGAGAGCAGACGGCAUCCCUUGCCCGAGGGUUCCUGUGCCAGGAGUGGGUCAGCGCAGGCGGAGAGAAGGACCGAGGGAACAAGCACAAUGACACACUGCACUCGCUCCUCUGCAUUUACCUGACGCAUGUUGAUGACGUGCUGAAGGCUGUGGAGGAGAUUGCAGGAGAGGGCAUUCCUGAGCUCGUCAGUGCAGCCAAAGACGCCAGCUCCAGAACAUGGCCGACUCUCAACAGGCAGACCUUUCUGGUGUUCUACAGGACCAUGAUGGCAGAGUUAGAGAAGGCAGUACGCAAGAUCCCCCCUGGCAAGCAGCGUGAUAGCACAGAGGUUCAAAGCGAGAAGUUGCUGACAUGGAAUCUUGCUGUGAGAGACUUCCACAUCCUGAUCAACUUGGUGAAGGUGUUUGACAGCAGGCCUGUGCUUACUGUGUGUCUGAAGUUUGGCCGCCUCUUCCUAGAGUCCUUCCUGAAGCUGGGGAUGCCGCUGCUUGAUUUCAGCUUCAAAAAGCACAAGGAGGAUGUGCAGAGUUUACUGAAGACCUUCCAGCUCAGCACCAGGCAGCUCCACCACAUGUGUGGCCACUCAAAGAUCCGGCAGGACACAGGCCUCACCAACCAUGUCCCAGCACUGAAGAAAAGCCUGGAGCAGUUUGUGUACCGGGUGAAAGCCAUGCUGACGCUCAACCACUGCCAGGAGGCUUUCUGGUUGGGCAACCUUAAGAACCGCGACCUCAAGGGAGAGGAAAUUCUGUCCCAGAGGUCAACACAAGGCAGUGAGGAAGAGGAUGAGGAUGAGGAGGAGGAGCAGCAGCCACAGGAGCAGUCUGGAGAUGAGGAAAGCGACUCUGACAGCAGGAAGAAUGGCCUCAACAAGGAGGAAGAAGAAGAGGAAGUUACAGAUGACUAAGAAGAGAGAGAGAGAGAAAAAAAUCCACCACUACAUGUACAUGUACAGACCUGUUAUUACUCAUUGCAAAUACAUUUUCAUUUAUGCAAUGCGUCCCUGUGUGUAUAUAACUUUUAGCUUCCCUUUUGCUAUACAUCUGUAUGUACAGAGCAAAAAACGUACACUGAACACAUAUUCAGCAUAGAGUUUAAAUAGAACAUGCAGCGUUCUAUAAACUCUCCGAUACUGAUCUCCUCCUGAAUAUCUCUUCCCAGUAUUGAUAGUCCCUUUAUUCAUAAUCAAACAACAGUUUUUAACAACACAGUUUAUCAAACAUCUGAUGCACAGCAAGCCUACUAAACUGUCUAAUGUUAAACAUUGGCUAAUGUAUUUUGUCAUGAUACUGUUGAUUGAUGCAAACAUUGACAUAAUACAGUUGAUUAUUGAUGA